AUGGGUUGCAGAAUGUCUUGCCAUGAGACAGCCAAGUGUGAAUUAUUCCGUUUCGAUACCACAAGUCCAUCAGAAGAGGGACUGCCCAUUGGAGAGAUUUUACAUAACGCCAUCCUGUCCAACAAUUUGCAACUUUGUCAACAUAUAUUGAACAAGUAUUCAGGCGGGAAAUUUCCAGUUCUGAAUGAAUUUCCAUGUGGUCAUGUUUCGCGUUCUCCGCCAUUGCACGUCGCAUGCAUGUAUCGCAGACCGGAAAUUGUAAGACUGUUUGUAGAAAACGGAGCCGAUGUGACCGCACUCGACAUGUACGGAAGAACACCAUGCAAUAUUUGUUUGCAGUAUUGGCCACGUAUCUGGCCGGAUGAGAAAACCCUAUGUUUCGACGACCUGAAUAUUGAAGCAGAAUUUUGGAAUUCUAUCAAAGAUCAAAUCCUGAAAGCUUCGUGCAUUUUGGAAAUAUUAUUACAGCAUGGGGCAGACGGAGAGGAGAAACUUUGUUCUCAGAGGCAAGCCCUCCUUCAUUUUGCAGCUAAAAAGGAACUACAUGGUGCUAUGAAAAUUUUGCUUGAGGCUGGCGUCGAUAUAAAUAGUCGUGAUGAUUAUUUAUGUACACCUCUAGCAGUAGCGGCUAAGCACGGACGGCUGCGGAGCAUCAAGUAUCUUACCAAUGAAGGUGCUGACGUCACACUUGCAGACGUGAAUGGAUGCACAUAUUUACACCAUAUAUGCUCUUGUGAAAGGCUAACAUUAUCUGAACUCCGUCAAGCAAUGAGUGUCGCAUGUACUUCAGUGAUAAAUCAGACGAAUCGGGACGGACAGACCAUCUUGCACAUCAUUUCAACUCAGGGAAAUGGCGACAAGGUUUCCCUUUUGCUACAGAGCGGAUGCGACGCUAACGUUAAAGACAUUAUGGGUCGGACGCCAUUAUUCUGUCUAUUAGAUUCAUGUGAGCCCGGUCGUUGUCUCCUCGGAAUUGAAUGUCUUCUCAUGGAAACAAACCAAGUAGUCAUUCGAGACAGGCACGGAAAUUAUCCGAUGUGUUUCGCUAGAUAUCGUAGAAGUAUGCCGGAUAUUCUGAAGGAUUUGAUAGCACUGUCAACCUCUCCAUCCCGUUUGUUUUAUUUGUGUGUUCAAAGAGUCCGGCAUACCAUGGGAAGGGGCAGACAAGAUGUUCGCCACUUGGCACAGCUCCAACUUCCAGGCGUCAUCACAUCGGAAAUUAUCCUCGUUAGUAAUUUUAUGAAUAUGCCCCUAUUACUCAGAAAAUAA